CUUCCUAGGCUGUAAAUGAAAUGAACGAUUGUGUUUCAUGAAUAAUUCAGGCACAUGGAUGUGACAAAGCUAUUUGUGGCGGCAAUAGAUUUUGGGACGACAUACUCUGGCUUUGCCUUUUCUACAAGAGAUGAAAAAGCGUCAAUUUACACAUGUGAGUGGAAAGAUAGCGAUUUGACAUCAAGCAAGACACCCACGUCUGUGCUGCUGAACAAACAAAAAGAAUUUGUAGCUUUUGGAUAUGAAGCCGAUAAUAAAUACACACAAACUAUCAUCCCUGAUGAAAAGAUGAAGGAUUUUUACUAUUUCCGACGGUUUAAGAUGAGUUUGCAUAAUGAGAUAUUAUCACUGGAUACCGAAAUUGAGGAGGAAUGUGGCAAGAAAAUGAAGGCAUUAGACGUGUUCUGUAUUUCUGUUAAAUACCUGAAAGAACAGAUGAUAAAGAAAUUACAAAGCAGACUUAUGGGCACGAAAGAGGAAGAUGUACAGUAUGUAUUGACAGUACCUGCUAUAUGGGCUGACCAAGCAAAGUUUUUCAUGAGAAAAGCGGCUGAAGAGGCCGGAAUAAAAAAAGAUCAGUUGACCUUAGCACUGGAACCCGAGGCAGCAUCUAUAUACUGUCAUGAACUGAGACUGGAGGUUGAUAAAAAAGAGAACAAGUUCCUUCAAACAAUAAAAUCAGGGAUGAAAUUUAUGGUUAUUGACCUUGGUGGUGGUACAGCUGAUAUCACUGUUCAUCAACGGCAAAAGGACGAAACAUUAGAAGAAGUGAUACCUCCUAGCGGCGGUCCCUGGGGAGGCACGGCUGUAGACAAAGCAUUCCUUGACUUCAUGAUAGAUUUAUUUGGUGCGGAUGUCAUUGAGAGGUUAAGGGAAGAAGAGUUAGAAGAUUAUUUUCAUCUCUUGCAUGAUUUUGAAAUUAAGAAGCGAUCGAUUAAACCAAAGGGAGCAGACGACAAAGACAUUGUUAUGCAAAUGGAUGUUAGUUUAAUGGAUUUAAUCAAAGAAUGUCGAGGUGGCAUUAGCUCACACAUUAAAAAAACAAAAUACAAAGAUUUAGUAUCAACUGAUGGACAAAAAUUACACAUCAAAGCUGACCUUUUCAGAACCCUUUUUAAAUCUACAAUAGAUAAGUUGAUAAAGCACCUCAGCGAUAUCUUUGAAAAAACCGAACUAUCCGAUCUAAAAAAUGUUAUCAUGGUUGGCGGUUUUUCUGAAUGCGAGCUGGUUCAGAUGGCUGUCAGAAAUAAGUUUGUUGGAGACCGAAAAAUUAUUAUUCCGGACGAAUCUGGACUGGCCGUUUUAAAAGGAGCUGUGUUAUUUGGUCAUCAGAAGAAGAAAAUAAAGAAGCGAAUUUUGCCGAAAACGUAUGGGAUUCAAAGCUGGCCGGAAUGGGAUCCGGAUAUACACCCAGAAACAAAGAAGAUUCGAAUGGGCGGAACCGAUCGUUGUAAAGAUGUUUUCUUUAAAUUUGCAUCUAUUAACGAGAAAGUUGAAGAUGGUCAUACUGCAUCACAGAUAUUCCAAGCAUUAAACCCGAAUGAGAAGACUCUCGAAUGUGCGAUUUACACUUCAACUGAUCCGAAUCCAAGAUACGUUACCGAUCCGACAUGUCAGCGUCUAGGUAAUUUAAUCGUAGAUCUACCAAAGCUCAAAGAAGGCGAAACGUUGGAAAUUGAAGAAACACUUGUUUUCGGUGGAACUGAAUUAUUAUUCAGGGCUAAAAACUUAAAAACAGGUCGAGUGUUCGAGACACAACUAUCCUUUUAGUAGCAUAUGCAUUUGUGCUUAUGUUAAAAUACAAAGUGAUAGGAUUAA